AAGCUAUUUUGAAACUUGCUACGUAAUUCGUGUCGCAGGUUAUAAUAAAAAACAAUAUCUCAAAUCUUAAAUGCAUUCACUCCGAGACAAAAAGAGUAGUAAUUCUGAUGAAGGAAAUGAAACACAUGUAACGAUUAAAUUAUUUCACUAGUUUAAAUUGUAUUGGAAUUUGAAAUGCAGGAACUUUGAAAGGAGCUCGAAUGGUCGAACUGUUCGAUUGGUUUACUGCGUUUGCUUCCUUUCCACGUUGCCUAACUUCGUUUUAUUACACCUAACUUCAGGUUGAAGCCAUUCAAUUCUACCUUCAGACUCGGAACAGUGCGGAAGGUACGUGUUGAGACUCCCGAACUCGAACGAAAUUUCUCCCAUUCGAAUUGUCCGGUCGUCGGGAAAAUUCGGGCGUUAACGUGAACGCGAGCCGGUGAAUCACUCGCGCUCGCCGGAAAUUUCGAUAGACGUCGAUAAAAGAGUGACCGGACCGAACGGUCAGUCGACUGCGGGUCGAUCCCCUUUAAACACUUGAACGUAACAAUAUGGCGGAUCGCGCUCCCGUACCGGCACCGCGGGAUCUCUCGCUGUGACUCGCAGCGGCAUUCGAAGUUGCGGAAUCGCGUGCGAAACGCACGCAUGUGAAUAUAUACGCGUGUGCUCGCACCGUUUUUCCCGUUCUGGGGCGGAAGUACUCCGGUUUCCGCGCACAUUACCACGCCAAAUCCCUCUGUGUAUUCGCGAGGCACCUGCAGUCGCCUGCAGUAGCCGUCGCCGUCGUUCUCGCUUCGUCUCGUCGUGGUUUUAUCGAUCAGCGUCCGUACCGGUGGCGAUGUGCCGCCGCAGAUGAUGGAGCUAGCGUGCGACCCUCUCGCCGACCAAGUCGCGCCGUCGCGACAUUCCCGCUGCUGAACGAGAAAACGAGGGACAGUCUGGUGCAUUCUCUGCCCCGGAGAUAGGACCGAUAUCGAGGAGCUCCGUGUCCGCCCGUCCGAUCGUUGUCUAGAAACGAGAGCGCAGCGGGUGCUGUAAAGGUCCGAGCAGGAGCUACGUAGACCAUGCCAGGGCCAGGGGCGGAGUGGUGACCUAGACCUCAUCUCUCGGCUCCGACCCUCGAUGCUUACGCUACGCCUGGUGUCGACUCACUUCCUGAAGCAGCCAUAGGCAGUGCCCUUCCCCUUAGAGAAAGGGCUCGAUGCGAUGUGCCGUGAUAGGGACAUGAACCCAGAACUACUAGUCGAGUCGCACGAUCUCCGCUCAACGUCGUCGUCGUCGUCGUUGUUGCCGGCGUCGUCGUCGCCGCCUCCGUCGUUGUAGAAAGGAAAAAAAAAAGGAAAGAGAAGACACGGUCGUUCGAAAUUUUCACGCGCACAUAAGGACUCUUCUUUCGCGACGACCCUUCUAUCUUUUUCUUUCUCUCUUUCUCUCUUCAACAGCGGCGGGAAUCUUUCUCGUCCUGGACACACACGUAUACACACAUAUACAUAUACGCAUACAGACUACACGCAUCCCCCACGAGUCGUUCCUUGCUCUCCGAACGACUCCUUUGUUUUGUGAUUCUGAGAUAAAUUAAAGUCUCAACGCGGACGAAAUAGACAAAACGACUAUCAGGCAAGGAAGUGUGUACGCACGGUAUCGCGUUCGGUACUCGGUGUUCGCGAUAUUCGGUAGAAAACUUGUGAUUUGAUCACGGAAUCGACCGGAUCGAAGGAGCACGAUCAUACGAACUCGGAGAAGACAACGUUGCCAAUAUCUAUUCACGGUGAAUCCAGACAAACCGAAGAACGAAAAGAAGAACGAAGGGACGAACAAAACGAGGCAGCUACCACGCUGAGCUCGGUGUACUUCAACCUGUGGAGGGUCGCGAGAGAGUGCAUUUGCGGCGGUGGGUCUCGGUGCAGACAAAGUGGGAUGAAACGCCCUCAGCAAGAACAUCUUCAUCAUCAUCACCACCAUCACCACCAUCAUCACCACCAUCAUCAUGGAUCCUCAGCAAGUCCCACGCGCUCCCGUCAAACACACGAUAAGGACGAGUCUCGUCUCGCACGCGUGAAGCGCGUCCUGGCGGGUUCGUUGUUGGGCCGCGGCGCGGGCACCAGCAGGAUCUUCGGCACCCGGCUGGAGCUGGUUGAGCCGUACCUCGACACAGGGGUGCCAUACGUGGUGCAUCGACUAUGCAGCUACAUCGAAGCGAACGGCUUCCAGAGUGCGGCGGUGUUCCGCCUGUCGGGCGGCAGUCCCCGACUGGCGGAGCGGCUAAGGGCGGCUUUCGAACGUCGGGGUGAUGCCGAUCUGGAGGCGGCUGGAUGUCCUCCGACCGCCGCGACUCUUCUCCGCCAAUACCUGAAGGAGCUCCCGCAGUCCGUCGUGCCAUCCACUCUCGUCGGCCGGCUACUCGGUGUGCAUGCCCAGAGUUACGCAAACGAUCAUGACUCCUGGAUCGCAUCGACAAAGGAGUUGCUGUCCACUCUGCCAUCUUCUCAUUAUCGUCUGCUUGGCUACCUGGCGAUCUACCUUAGUAGAUAUGAGGCACGACACGGCCGCAGCGCCGGUGUCUGCGGUGUUUUUGCGCCGGUCAUUCUGCCGCAUGUGCCACCCGCGACCACUUUGCUGCGGGACAUCCUCGCCGAAGCACUAGUGUUGUUCCCCGAUUGUAUCCGUGAAAAUACGGUGAACGGCGUGAUACCUGCCGGCGACUGCAAGAUUUGCAAGGAUACGAGAGACGAGCCGAAGGACUCCGAGAGCGCGUCCCUGCUCUGCGCGCUGAAACCGCGUAAGCGCAAGGAACGUCGCGAAUUUUGCUGUCGAACGGAACGGAAGGAACGGAAGUUGAUAAGGAGCAGCAGUGAGGAGCGUGUCCUCGACAGCUCUACAGACGUUGCAGAUACGAUUAGACGUGUGAGUAGCCACGAAGAUUUUAACAGCCAGGAACAUUUGCACAUUUUAUCGCAACUCGGCCAAGAUAUGGGCCACGGUGUGAGAUGCAGCGGAUUGCCGCUUCAUGAAAGGACUAAUGUUUCACCAGUCUUGAAGAAAUCAUCUUCGGUGCCGUCACCGUGCGAAGUGGUCGUAGCGACUGAGAAAUAUGACUGCGACGCUGAAAGAUUGAGGAGCAGCGAACGUUUCAGCAGAAGCAUCACCCCGAGAGGCAGGAGACAAGCGCGUAGAAGGCGCGUGCACAGAGUUCCGGAUACGGACCAGAAUUCCAGCAAGGAAAACGAAGAGGAAUCUGAAAACAUGUAUAUUUCCAACGUGUCACCGAGUCCUAACAGUCGUAAUGGCUCACCAGCUCAGAGUUUCCUAGAGAUGUUGAGCAGUGGACCGAGCAGAUCACCGUCGCCAGCUCGUCCACCUACCGUCGAUCACGAGGACAUAAAUAAUCCUAGUUUGACCAAUUGGGGCUUUCAAUACCUGGAAGGAAACGAAGAAGCUGCAGAUGCACGAGUGGAGGCCAUGCUCUCGCCAAGAAAUUCAUUGCUACUUCCCAGGAGAUUUUACUCUGAGGAAGGAAUACAGGAACCGAGUACACCCAAUUCAUCAGACAUGGGAUUGAAGAAUUUAACAAAGCACAUUAACGGCCUGAAGAAAAAGAUUAAAAAAUACGAGGAUGAGUUCGAGGAGAACUUUGGCUAUCGACCGAGCCACUCCGACAAGAUGAGCAAUCGUGACAUCAAAAGACUAUGCACAGAAUUAAACAAACUGCGGAAGGAGCAUAAAUUACUGAAGGAGGAUCCAAUAGGCGCACUUCUGGCUAACGCUAAUAACCGGUUGAGCAGCACGGGCAGCCCCGUGAACAACAACAACAGCCAUGAGAAAUCUCGGACGACGUCGAUGGAGGAGAUGGUGAAGGAGGCGGAGAAGAAGCUUAGCGAGAAACGGAUCAAGUAUAAUCGGCCUGAUAAUAUGGAGGAGCUCAAUUACGAUCAGUUGGUGGACGAAAAAACGGCCGUGCAAAAGGCAUUGCUUCACAUUGAGAAUGUUUUCGGCAGGCCAGUAUCUAAAGAGGACAGGACGGUUGUGCGACCAUUGUACGAUCGAUACAGAACAUUAAAGAGGCUGCUCAUCAGAGCAGGCGCGAGCAAAAACAAGGACAGCGUGUCGGAAUUGGCCACGAUUUUGGAGCACGAGACAAUGGACUUCACAUCGUCGAGUCUGCCUGGAAAUCCGGUGGAGACUGAUAGGAGAGCCAGCGAGCCGGACAUGUCUCAUCGAGGCAUUUUGGACUGCAUCGAACCCGCGGAUCAGCUACCAACCGAUAGCGACAGUCAACACAGUAGCAGCGAAGGCAGUCGCGGUGUUGGUGAAAGCCUGCACGCUCUACCCCAAGAGGAAUUACUGGCACAACAACGGGUAACUCGAGAAGAAAAGAAGCGACUACGUAGAGCAUUAAAAGAAAUGGAAGCACAAUUUGAAGUUCGAGCUGGUCGUCGAAUGCAACGUGAAGAUCGUGGACCGCAAAUCACCAGCGUCUACGAAUCCUACAAGCAAGCGAAGGCGAAACUGAGACUGAUCGACGCUCUCAUAGCUAAGAAAGCUUGACGCAGUAUUUAAUUCGACGGCGAGUAAUAAAGAGGCAAUUUAAAAUAACUCUGCUGCUGACACUUCUGACUUUUGACUUUUUGGAUAUUCAUACAGGAUAUAGCUAUCCUGCAUCGUAAACUCACGAUUAAAAAGGCCUGAAAAAGCAGUUUGACCAAAUAUUCGCUGCAACAAAGAACAAGAGCAGCACAACAAAUAACAGAAGAGUUUAUCAUGUAAAAUCAAAAGAUUUCGGAAGCAAAACGAAGAAAAGAUUUGCAAGUGAAGGAUUUAUCUUCGUGUUCGUAUAUUCGUGCACCGAUGUUUCAUACGGUUUACUUCGAUCGGAAACGAAAUUCGUGACGCUCGGAAAAUAACACGGAAUUUUGUCGAUAUUAGUAUAGUAUGUGUUAUUUACAUCAUCAUUUUGAAUGAUCAUAAUUAGUAUCCUAACAAUACUAGACACAAGUGGCAUUCAUAAUACGAAAUAAUACAUCUACAGAAUAACAUCAUAGAGUAGUGUAUCAACUCUUCAAGCACUAAUAAUUUUAGAAUUUAAAAUCAUUGUGAUGAUGUAAUCAUCACGCGACAAAAUGAUUGCAAAUGAUAAUUGUUCGCCGGUAUACCUCACCGUACUUAUUUGUUUAAUUGCAAUGGAAACUUUCCAUUUGAUUGUCCUCCACUUAUUUAUCCUGCAAGCAAUAUUAGGAUAAAUUUGUAAGAUAAACAGGAAAUUAAAUGCCUGUUUUGAUAUAUAUUCACAAUUUUUAAAUAUUAUAUUUAAUCGAUUGGUUAUAAAUAUAUAAACUAUAUUUAUAUUUUUUAUACAUAUUUGUUACAAAAAUUUGUAGACUUCGUUUGUACUUAAAAUGUCAAAUUUUAUGGCGAUGUACAAUGAGAACGGAAUAACGGAGAACGGAUAUCGAAUAUCGCGCAAUGACUGAAAUGGACUUGCUAUUUUAAAUCGUUAAAGCAGAUUUAAAACCUGGUUUUUUCAAGAUAAGAAGGAAACAUUUGUCACAGUUUAAGAACUAUAUUGAGUGAUAUUUUCACUUAAAAAUUUAACGUAUGAUUUUGCACAAUAUAUUUCGAAAGAAACAAAAAUUCACAUUUGAUGUUUCAUAAUUGAAAAUAAUAUUUUACUUUUGCUAUUUGCAAAACUGAUUGACAUGUAACAAAUCAGUUAACCGACGAUCAAUAUUACAUCGAUAAGACUCGAGAACUCGAGAUGGGACAGAUAGAAGAAAGUGGAUGCUUAUAUACACAGAUACACAUAUACACACACAUACAUACAUACAUAUAUAUAUAUAUAUAUAUAUAUAUAUAAUGACUAACAUUUAUAGCGAAUCCAAUAUUUAUUUUAUCAUCUUAAAGUAAUCAUUGAAAUCUAAAGCUGAGAGAGUAAAGAACGAAUCUGUGGGGUUACUCGUAAUAUAAGUACCUUGUAAGAGAUAUCACAUGUUGUAAUAUUGUAGAGUACUAUAAAAUGUUACGAUCUUAAUAACGUAUUAAAAGAAAAAGAAAUAUUCACUAAAAGAAGCUCGUUGAUUUUUGCGUUUAUAUUUUUGUACAAGUACGAUUUUAAGGCCGUUCGCAACGUAUACAUACAGCCGACUAAGGACUACCGCAAAAACGCCUUAAAAUUCCACUUGAUUGAUUUUUUCACAGAAUCUCGAGAAUGAAAAGGGUGCUAACAUAGCUUGAGUUCUAUAGCGUGCCGACUAACACGAGAAGAGAUACAAAAGAAAAAAAUGCUUUGCGAGUCUUACUAAGUUGCAAUCGCGCCGAAGGGGUUCUUGUGUUUUACCGCAUCAUGGCUACGAUGAAAUCGGCCACCAAUCAUCUCGGAACAGCCACGCGAUGGUUUUAACUCUUUGCGAGGCGCGAUUUUUCUAGUGGCGAUGACAUUUCUGAAAAAGAAGUUUGCUUCUAACGAGCAAUGAUUAACAUCCAAAUAAUUUUUUUAUACUGCAGAUAUUCUUUUUGAAAGCUGUGUGAUAUAAUCGCCUCUCAAAGAGUUAUACGUUUUCUACACUCGUUAUACAUUGUGACUUUUACAUCGAGUUUUUUGAUAUUGGACAGAAAACAAACAAUCGGCGUUACAACCCCGCUUUCCGCGCUGAUCUCGCAUACCCGUAAAUAAGAUCGACGGUUUUUCAAAAGUAACAAUUUUUGACGCUGACAAAGCCAACCGCGAAUACGUGAAUGCGAAAGGCGCGUAUUCAUUCUAAUUAACAAAGAAUGAGGAACAAAGAAAAUAAAAAAAAGAGAGAAAAUGAAACAAUUUUUUAGACCAAAGCAUUUUUUAGUCUGUGAUAUAAUGAGAGAUAUACUUGCGUUAAGAUGGUAGAGUGUGUAUGUGAAGGACUUGGUUCCGUUUUUCCUUUUUUUUCUUUGCGAAAACGGUUUUUUAGUACAUCAAGAUAUACGAAAACUAAUUUUUUCCUCUUUCCAAGAGGUGAUCUCUUCAGAAGAUUUUACAGCAAUGACGAUAGCUUAAAUAAGGCCGUGUCCUUUCUCAGAAAAACUGUUGGAGACGAGAUAAUGGUAAAACACAUUGCUAUAAAAGAAACAAAAAAGAGGAGCGAGAGAGAAUUCUCCAGUAACAAAUUUAUAUAACAUAAUCAAACAGUCAACAUAUUCAAUGAAAUAUAUUUCUCUCUCUCUCUCUCUCUCUGCUAUUCGAUCUUUGAAAUCAAUUGAACUUUCUUAUCUGACACCAUUCAAUAGCUGCUUCCUGGUUUGAUACGUGGAAUUAAAAAUGACAUCAUGCAUAUCGUAUGACCGUGAUAAAAUCGUGGUUUUUGCUAUUAUCACAUCUCCAACCGUGGCGAAGGACUGCUACUUACGAGAAAAGAUUAAUUUUAUAUUCGAUGCUGCAGGAAUGUUUUUAUUUCCCACGGGCGCGCCUAAGCGUCAUGCCGUUCUAUAGUAAGAAAGUGAGAGAGCAAGUUAAUAUUACUGUAGAUUUAAGAUAAUGUUUUAUAUUAACGUUAAUUAAAAGGAUACAUUUUGUAGCGCAUAGUAUCUUUACGUAUUAAGGAUGGAUCGCGUGUGAUUCUGUGUAAUUGCUUUGAGAGAGAGAAAAACAAAGACAGAGAUAAUAACAGGCGCAAGAACAUUUUGCAACAGUGACGAGGAUCGCAGAGAGGAUCGCAUGAAAAUUUUAUGUAGCGAAAACCAUUCGGCGGCUGAAUUGGAUAAAUUACAAAUCGUUAAAUGAAUGUUAAAAAAAAUGAAGGAUGCUAGAUAUUCCAUGAUCUCCCACAAACAUAUCUAGGGAUUAAAGUCUUACAGCGGAAAGGAUGAAGAUAAAACGACAAAAAUCGAUAUGGAUGACGAUGAAUUUUUCUUGGGUAUUGUUAUACGUUAUACGUAGCUGCAACUGACAAUUGCAAUCGACCGUGAGAGCCGCGACAGCGAACGAUCCGUCUAUAGCAGGAAUCUUAAAACUAAAAACCAUCUUCGGCGUUUAUACACACAAAUGUUGAUUAUGUGUACAUAUAUAUAAUAUGCAUAUAUAUAUGUACACAUAUACAUAUACAUAUAUUAUAUGUAUAGAGAUACUGGCCGAGUUGCGCAUACAUAAAUUACAUACAACCGUAUAUGCAUACAAACGAAUAUUAUACAUUAUGAGGUAGCACGCAGAAUAAAAAUGGAAUAUGAUCUG